UAUGGUUGUGAUAUCCCAACUCAAACCAAUCAGACUCCUCCUAUCUCCUUCUCUCUGUGUUAAUAUCAAUAUGGCCCUUGCAGUGGCGAAACCUAGAAAGAACCACACCAAGAGGUCGGUUGAAGAAGAAGCUCCGCUCUACGGAGACGUCUUGGAGUCCGUGCUCUCAAAGUUACACCUCAUUCAUCUCCUACCAGCGUGUCACGUCUCCAAGUCAUGGCACCGCGCAGUUUCUUCCACCCUCCGUUUCUCCUCCAACCGAGUUAAACCGUGGCUCGUCGUCCACACUCAGACCACCAGGUUCCCUUACGUCGUCUCCUCACGUGCUUACGACCCUGCCUCGAACGUGUGGCUCGACGUCGAACAUCCUCCGGUCAAGUCCGUCUCCACUCUCCGGUCCUCUCACUCAACUCUUCUCUACAUGCUGUCUCCUUCAAAAUUCGCAUUCUCCCUUGACGCGCUCCACCUCGAGUGGAGCUCCACAAACACGCCGCCGCUCGUGUGGCGAACUGACCCCAUUGUAGCGGCGGUGGGCCAUCUAAUAGUCGUCGCCGGCGGCGGGUGCGACUACGAGGACGACCCCCUGGCCGUGGAAAUGUAUGAUGUAAGAAAUGGAAAGUGGGACAGGUGCGAAUCCAUGCCCGCCAUUUUCAAAGACUCGUCGGCGUCAACUUGGCUGUCGGUGGCUGCGGACGAGAGGAGAAUGUACGUGACGGAGAAAUGCUCGGCCGUCACGUACUCAUUUGAUCCUGAGUCCAAGAAGUGGUUUGGGCCGUACGAUCUAUGUCAGGAUAUGGCGGUUUUUAGCUCCGUGAUUGGUUUCCUUAACGGUUGUUUGGUUUUGGCGGGGGUUGUGGGAGAGGCGGAGGCCGUGAAGGGAAUUAAGCUGUGGGAUGUGAAAAUGAGCGACGACGAAUCGUUGGAGUUGGGGAAGAUGAUCGGUGAUAUGCCGGAGACGAUGGUGGCGAAGUUGAAGGGCGAGAGCGGCUGUGAGCCGUUGAUUUCGAUGAGCUGCAUUGGAGGUCAGGUGUGCUUUCAGAAUGCUUCUGACCCGAGUGAGUUGAUCCUCUGCGAGCUUGAGAACGGAGGAUGCAGGUGGAGUAGCGUAAGGAACGACGUCGUGAAUGACAGAACCCGAUUGCAGAAGAUGGUGGUCACAUGGGCCAACGUGGGGUUGCCGGAGUUGCAGAAAGCCGUACAAGUUGGAGCACUGAAACUUAAUUAAACUGAUCGUGUAGUCCACUUAAUUAAACUGAUUUGUUUGUUGAUUAUGGGAUUAAUAAUGCGUUUUGUGACUCUGACGGGGGCAUUCUUAAACACUAGACUCCGUGUUAAUUCAUCGUAAAGAUGAAAAAUCUUAAUUUCAA